CGGAUGUUGUUGGCUGAGGAGGGGAACGCUAGACGAUGAGCCUUGUCAGUGUCAUUUUCUGUGUUAUAUUAGACGCUUUGUGAUAUUCUGACGCAUAAUUGUUAAGGUGUGAACAUGGAAGUGCCGUGCUACCUGCCCAAACUGCUCUUUGAGCUCAACGAGCAGCGUAAGCGAGACUUCUUCUGUGACUGCAGCAUCCUCGUCGAAGGCCGGGUCUUCAAGGCACAUCGUAAUGUGUUGUUUGCAGGUAGUGGCUAUUUCCGGGCUCUGCUGGUUCACUACCUGCAGGAUAGUGGUCAACGCUACAGCACAGCAUCUCUGGACAUCGUAACAGCCGAUGCUUUCUCAAUUAUCCUGGACUUUCUCUAUUCUGGCCGCUUGGCCCUGAACAGGAGCAACGUCAUUGAGGUGAUGUCUGCUGCCAGCUACUUGCAGAUGACAGAUCUAGUAAACUUCUGUAAAGGAUACAUCCGCUCAUCUUUGGAAAUCUGCAACAAGGAGAAGGAGAGGAACACAGAAAAGGAGAACCAGGGACAGGAUGGAGGGAUGGGUCCUGCAGACAGCGGCACUCCUGCUGCGGGAAUCUCGAGUGGUGCCGGGACGACCGAGCCCCAUUCACAGGUUGCAGAGGCAGACAAAGGGGCGGGUUUAGGUCCAGAGUCUGUGACCUCAGCUAGAACCCCCUUGUCAAUCCCUGUAGAUACCCCUCCAGGGACCAGCAGGGACAUGGACAGCGACUACCAGUCCAGGGAGGAGUUUACAUCUGAGAGCGAAGCACAAAAGGGACACAUGGAUCAGACAAACCGCUCAUCCUCCUCAUCCUCUGCUUUGACCCCAGAGCUAGUGAACCCCAAGAUAGAGUAUGAUCCCGAUGAAGAACUUAUGGAGUCUCCUGACACCAAAGAGCUUUCCUCGUUUCCUGGGCCCCCUUUGCAUAAUCCACAUCAUAACAGGCUACUUCCCCCAAGUCCCAAUGAGCGGUCCUCUUUGGGAUACAGUCCAUCUUUUAAUGCCAGGCAGAUGAUGGAGAUGCUGGCCAGAGGUGAGGGCCCCAGUCCUAUGGGGGACAGAGUGGGGCAGCGCUUUACCCAAGGACUAGGCAGCAGCACAGGAGGAAGCAGAAUGGAUGAAGGUUUAGGGUUUGCAGGAUCAUCUAUCAUGGAGAUUCAGUCCGACUGGCUUGGAGAGGACACAGGUGAUGGCUUGGUAGUGCCAGUGAAACUCCACAAGUGUCCAUUCUGCCCAUACACAGCUAAACAGAAGGGCAUCAUGAAGAGACACAUUCGCUGUCACACAGGAGAGAGACCCUUCCCCUGUCCAAUGUGUGGCAAGAGGUUCACAAGGCAGGAGCACCUUCGCAGCCAUGCCCUCAGUGUCCACAGACACUUCUGGCCGGUGUCUUGCAAGAGCUGCAGGCGAACCUUCACUGGAUCAGGUGUUUCUCCCGGACUCAGACGCUUCGGCAUCUGUGACAGCUGCAACUGUGUGACCACCACUCAUGAUGAUUCUGCUCCCGUUCAUGCUGCCAGUCAACCGGAGCCCAUGGAACGCGCAGAUGGAGGCACAGAUUGGUCCAGUUUUAUGGACGACGUGGAUGAGGUGGAGGUCGGCAGAGUUGAGGACUUGGUGGAGAAACAGAUGCUUGAGAGGCAGCUGGCUGUCUGCGCUGAUGUCGGUCACACGCUGUGAAUCUGUAGUCCUCUCAGUAAAGAUAGCACCACUUAAAUCUUCUGUUGUGCUGCUUUUCACCGUGGCCCUACUGUUAUUGAUGUUAAAUUAUUGCUGUACAAUGAGCUUAUUUAUUAAUAUGUAACUGAAAAAGGAUUCCUUUUUAUUAUUCAAGAUACUGUGCUCCUGUGAGAAGUGUGAGAAAUUAAUGUGGGUGAUUUCUACAAAUCAGAACUGUGCAAAUGGCUCCCCCAUCAAGGCUUGAGCAGGUCCACAGUACCUGCAUUGGCACAAUGGAACUUUGGGGUUCGGAUCGGCAUCAUGAUGACACAAAAAGAACUACAUGAGUUACUUUAACUUUCUGCCAAUGUCUUUGUGUCAAUGAUCAUGUCCACAUUCGCUUGAACUCUGUACAUAAAGCAAACGUUGUUUUCAAAGUUUUCUAGAUCUUUAUGAACUACACAGAAGAUGGAUAAAGUAGCUUAUUAUGUUAUUGAUUCCAGAUUAAAACAUCGGGGAAAAAAAGCUUUGCUUUGCCACGGUUGGUAUUCUUAGACUUGUUCUCUUGUUCCAUCUCUGUUCUAUCUGUUCUGAUUUGCAUGAAAUAGGAGUUGAGCAGGCGUGGACUCGAACCCUAACCAAAUGACCCCUACUGGAAAGAAGGCCGUCCUUCAUUGUCUUCCCUCUAGGUAAAACUUACACAAGCAAACGCAGACACUGAUUUGGCAAUGAGACAGAGGGAAAUCAUUUUAAUAAAGUUACCCUCCGUCUGAAGGCACUCAUUUAGAGGGUGUGUCAGUCACAGUGAAA